ACAUUAAACGCCGAAUAAAAUCAUAUCUUUGUGUGCUUUUUGUUAACACAAGCGGAAGAGUGUUUUUAUUUAUUUACGGCAAUCCUAUCAAAAUUCAGAAGUAGAUAAAUUCACGUAGACGCAAAUGAGACUCCGCUGGCAAAAAUUGAGUACUCCGCUGGCGUUCUAGGAAUUUCGCAAAUAUUCUUUACUUAUAUACAUACAUAUAAGCACGAAAGGGAUGAACGCAUAAUAUCCCUAAACGAGUGUGUGUGUGUGUAACGAUAUGCGUAAACGACGAGUAGUAAAGCAAUAACGACACUGAGCGUGUAAUGAGAGCAAACGCAAACAAAGUGCAGUUGAAAAGCAAAAGAAAACAAAGAAAAAGCGACAGGUUGAAUUCUUAUUAGACCGCAUUGUUGUGAAGUUAAAAAAAGAAAAAAAAAACUAUCAAAAUGCCGGUGGUAAAAAUAAAUACAUUGAAGUUACCUGAUUUAAAAGAAAUUUUAAGCGAUAAAAGGUUUUCUACGGAAGGUUUAAAAAAUGAAUUGGUUUUGCGAUUAAGCGAAGCUGUUGGUUCGGACAGUAUCGAAAUAGCCAAUGCAAAUGUGCAAGAGCUGAUUACUGAACUGCGCGACAUGUUUAGUUCCGUUUUACAAAUGUUGCAAGCGAAUAAUAACGUAGGUGAUACGGAUACGCGCGGGGAGCGAGAGCGGUUAAGUUCUCUAGCUACUAGUGCGACCACAAUUUCUGGCCGUAGUAGCUACUCAGUGAAAGAAAUCGCGGAAGCUAUUCCGGAAUUUGAUCCAACAAACGAAUCUUCAAUAUCAGUGGAACAGUUCGUAGAACGCGUAAAUAGUGCAAUUCAAGCAUAUCAAUGGGAAGAGGAAUGUCUUUUGUUGGCGGUGUAUAGUCGACUCAAAGGUGCAGCAAAACAUUGGUUGAAUUCUACUGAGAAAUUGUAUGCAAGUUGGAGUGAACUAUCAAAAUGGUGAAGAGUUCAGUUGUG